CUCCGUCCGUCCGCCCUCCGGCCCUCCCGGCUCCCCCCCGCCCCGGCCCCGCCGGCAGCAUGCCGGGCGAGGCGGCGGCCGCGCUGGCCAUGGGUGUGCUGCUCGCCGCGUGCCACGCGCUGGAGAACACCACGGCGGCCUGGAGCGCUCCGGGCCCGCCGGUGGCGGCAGCGGUGAGGUCCCACUUCAACGACUGUCCCGACUCUCACAGCCAGUUCUGCUUCCACGGCACCUGCCGGUUCCUGGUCCAGGAGGACAAGCCGGCGUGCGUGUGCCAUUCGGGGUACGUGGGGACGCGGUGCGAGCACGCCGACCUGCUGGCCGUGGUGGCCGCUAACCAGAAGAAGCAGACGAUCACCGCCUUGGUGGUGGUUUCGGUGGUGGCCUCCGUGCUGCUCAUCGGCGUGUGCGUGCUUAUACACUGCUGUCGGCUGCGGAAGCGGUGCCAGUGGUGCCGGGCACCCGGCGGUGGCCCGGAGAAGCCGGGUGGGCUCCUGAAAGGCGGCACCUCCUGCUGCCACGCCGAGACGGGUAAGGGGGCCGGGGGGCACUGCGGCGGGUCGCCGGCCGCCGGCGUUCCCGGGGUGUAACCGCGCUCCCCGUCCCCUUCCCCGCAGGGGUCUGACGGAGCCGGCGGGGGUCCCGCCGCCGCCCCCCAACCAGGAGACCCGCGCCGGGGACCAGCGCAGCAUCUCUUCUCUGGUUUUGGUCUUUUUUUUUUAUUUUAUUUUUGGUUUUCCCCUUUAGUUUGGUUUUUUUUUUUUUUCUUUAUUCCCCCCUCCCUACACACACACGCAGAAGACGGCAAGCAAGCGCCCCGGCAGAGGACGCGCUCGGCAGCACCGUAAGCGUGCCGGCAGCGGCAAAGCGCUGGCAGAGCCGGGCAUCGCCCCGCCGCAGAGCCAAACCCCGGCCGGGCAACAAGGAACUGGGGUUUGUCUUUGGAUUUGGGUUUGUUUUUCCUUUUCUCAGAAUUUUUUUUUUUUUUUUUUUUUUUCUUUUUAACCAGAACCCCCCACCCCUGCAGGAUGGGGCUUUAUUUUUCUAUAGAGACAGAAGCUCCGGCGAACCCUCCGCCUCAGCAGUCGCACGGACCGUGCUCACUUUGGGGACAGAUACGAGCUUUUUAUUAAUAAUAAAAUGAACCAUAAUCCUAGGAAACCUCCUCAGGCCGGUGCUCUAACCUCCCGGUGCAGCGUUAAUCUUUUCCGUAGUCUUUAUCAUAACCAAUCGGAAGCUUUUUUGUUUGUUUUGUUUGGUUGUUUUUUUUUUUUUUUUAAAGUCAUGGUUACUCUCAUGUCUUUCUGUAUAUGUUGCACUGAAAGUUAAUAUUUAAUGUUUUAAUUUAUUUUGUGUGGUUAAAUUAAUUUUGAUUUCUAUAAUAUGUUAUUGUGAUCAGCUGUUCUUUUUCCCCUAAUACCUGAUUAUAGUUAUUUAAGUGAU